AAACCAUCCCACAAAACAGAGCAAAACAGAGCAAUCAAACAAACACUCUUUGCUUUCUUCCUUCUUCUUCUCUAAACACUCUCAACCCAACCCAAAUAAGAAUGUCUUGCUGCGGAGGAAAGUGCGGCUGCGGCUCAGCCUGCAAGUGCGGCAGUGGCUGCAACGGGUGCAGCAUGUACCCUGAUCUCGCCGAGACCUCCACCACUUCCACCCAGAUCCUCAUCGCCGGCGUUGCCCCGGUCAGCAUGGGAUUUGAGAGCUCGGAGAUGAGCUUCGGUGCUGAGAACGGCUGCAAGUGCGGAUCAAACUGCACCUGCGACAACUGCGGCUGCAAAUGA